GCGCGGAGCGGAUGCCUGGCUCGCCGGUCCGCCGGAUGCCCGGGGCCCGAUGCCGCGCCGCCGCAACGCCAGCAGCCUGUUCCCCUUCUUCACGGAGCUGAAGGGCGGCAACGGCGUGGCGCUGACGGUGCUGGAGACGGCGGUGCUGGGCACGGUGCUGGUGCUGGCGGUGGCGGCCAACGGGGCGGCGAUCCGCCUGCUGGUGUCGCGGCGGAAGAGCCCGCUGCGCCUCUCGGGCUGCCUGAUGCUGAACCUCUUCUGCGCGGACCUGCUCUUCGUGAGCGCCAUCCCGCCCAUCGCCGUGGUGCGCUGGACCGAGAGCUGGACGUUGGGCGAGGCGCUCUGCCACCUGCUCUUCUACCUGAUGAGCCUCAGCGGGAGCGUCACCCUCCUCUCCCUGGCCGCCGUCAGCCUGGAGCGCCUGCUCAGCAUCCUCCGCCUCCGCCCCGCCGGGCCCUGCCCCAGGCGCCUCGUCGCCGCCGUCCUGGCCGCCCUCUGGGCCUUCGCCGCCCUCGCCACCCUCCCGCUCUCCCUCUUCUUCACCGUACAGCCCUGCCACACACACGGGAGGGAAGUGUACAUUUGCACCUUGAUGUGGCCCAGCACGGCAGGAGAAAUCUCAUGGGAUGUGUCUUUUGCCGUCGUGGUCUUCCUCGUACCCGGACUUGUGAUUGUAAUAAGUUAUUCAAAGAUUUUACAGAUUGCAAAAGCAUCGCGGAGACGUCUGGAUGCGGGCAUGGCCUACUCUGUGAGUAGCCACAUAAGAAUCUCCCGACAGGACUUCAAGCUGCUACGGACUCUAUUUGUGUUGAUGAUUUCAUUCUUUGUCAUGUGGAGCCCAAUUAUCGUCACCAUACUCCUCAUUUUAGUCCAGGAACUGAAACCAGAGAUGAACAUCGUGCCUACUUUCUUCUUCUGGGUCAUGGCCUUCACAUUUUCCAAUUCAGUGGUGAAUCCAGUUUUAUACAACAUGGCUCAUUUCAAACAUGAGUGGAGGAGAAUCUUUUUCUGUUGCCCAGGAAAUUCUCGGAGAAAGACUGUGACAGACACUACUCUGAGGCACCAUAACAAUGGACAUUGCUCAGUGUCUGCAAUCUCCAGAUAACUAUUUGCAGUGUUUCUGAUAAGGAUGAUCUUACCAGCUUCUUAAAGAUGUGCUAAAAUAUACAUUUCGGAAGACAAGAAGAUUUUGGAAAAUACUGGAUUUUGCAGCCUUUGCACUAACAUCAUGCCAAAUAUUGUAGUACUAAGAAAUCUACUAGUACUGCAAAGAGGACUUUGCUUCUCUUGCUGUAGCAAGAUUAAAGUAUACUGUAGUACAGGCAGUUUUGUUCAGAGCAUGAGUAAGUUUCACAUUUUGCCAUGUACUAAUGAAAAUGACUUUUCUCCCUGCCUCCAGGAUCUUCCAUACAGAGGAUAGCUGCACUUGACGGGAAGCCAUGGCACACCUUCUAGAAAUGCAUAGUUAGGGAGG